AUGGCGCCUGUUCCCGACACUCCACGACAACGCGUGAGAAGCACCCGACCGCCGCGGCGACACAUAUCUGACUCGGCACCUCCCAGCAAGCGGCGCAAGUACAUACCGGGAGGACCAGGAGGCGGGGGAAGAUACGUGGAUGACGAAGGGCUGGAAACGCCAGUAGGAGGCACUGGCCCCGGGGGCUACGCGUAUACAGGUCCUCGCGGCCGUGUAGGACGUCUCAACGCCGAGAGACAAGGCUUGUCCAUAUCUGCCGCCUCACCUUCAUAUUCACGCCCUAGACGCGAGAGGCCGCCAGCUGGACCGCGUUCCAGUUCGGCCGCUGCAGUCGCCGCAGCCGUGGCUCAAAACGAUGGCUACAAGCCGCGCGAGGAGAGGUCCUGGGACGAAUUCCAUCCAGAUCUUGACAUUGAUGCCGAGUUCCCCGUCUACACGGCAGACCUGAUCGAUGGCGUGAGCCCUGCCGAUAGCGACUCAGGCACUCCGCUGAAUGGCUCAUCUACCGGCCAAUAUGCGGUUGACAGUGGCCUCUCUGCCGUGCUCGAUGGCCUGCGGGCACAGCAGGUAGAGACGGCUGAACAAGAGGAUGCGAACUUAGCAGUCAACGGCUCAGGCGCAUUUGUCACGCCGAAAAGACGUCCAGGCCGACCACCACGCAACAAGGAUUCAAUGCUCGCUGGGCUUGGAUCGCCUCCGCGACCGCGAAUCAACCCUCUUCCGACGAUGAAUCCGAGGGAGAAGCUGAACCUGCCUAAACCCUCAGUGCGCCAGGUCGAUCCCUUCAAAGAGCACGAGGAGAGCGAGGGCGUCAAGGUCAACUAUGUGGACAAGACAAUGGCAAACAUCGGCUACCAGGAGAGCGAGAUCUUUACACGGCCAUCUGAGAACAGUUUGAUCCGGCUGCCUGAGGGCUCCAUAGAAGAGGAUUUAGAUUUGACCCUGCAAACCGAGGCAGAGGGCCCUGCCGGUGCUGUUGCUGUAGGCCGUGUCGAGUACGACAUGGACGAGCAGGACGAUCGAUGGCUAGAGGCACUUAACAUGCAGCGGAAAGAGGAGGGCGUAGAAGGCAUCAAGCCUGCGAUUUUCGAAGUCACCAUCACUCAGAUUGAGAAGGAGUGGCAUGCGCUUGAGAAGCCCAAACCCGAAGCCACCUCAAACGCAUCGACCACGUUCCAGCAGUGCAGCCGCCGUCAAUGGGCUGCAUAUUCUGUCCCAACAUUGACGUCGUGUUAUAUCUGCAAACAGAAGAUGGGCGCAUGCAUCCAAUGCGGGCACAAGUCUUGUUUCGAGGCCUUCCAUGUUACCUGUGCUCGCAGGGCUAGACUGUGCUUACGUAUGAAGUCGUCACAGUCCGCAAAUCCGCUUGACUCGACUGUAUUGAAGGCGUACUGCGACCGACAUACCCCAUCAGACUGGAAGCGAGAAUAUGACGUGGAGAGCGCAAUAGCAGACGCCAAGGCCUUCUACCGACACACUAUGCGGCACAUUCGAUGGCCAGAUAGCCAGGCAUAUGCUCUCUCUAUCGGAUCGUCGCAUGCCAUGCCUUCCAUUGAAGGGCCAGACGACGAGAGUCCAGGCAGCAAACGCAAGCGUGGCGGGUCCGCAAAGACCUGGAGACUGCCAUCCGGAGCUCCUGUAGUCCCCCAGGCCGUAUACCAUAAUGUCGAAAACACGCUCAUCAAGUUCAACGUCCGCAAGCGGAAAGAGUUCGUGCAAGAAGCUUGCAAGUAUUGGACCUUGAAGCGUGAGUCGCGACGUGGUGCUGCCCUUCUGAAGCGCCUCCAACUGCAGAUGGAGGCCUUUUCAUCCAUGGAAAUCACCCGCCGUAACUUUGCAGGAAUGGGCGCCGCUGGCAGGCCUCGACUUCAACGUCGCAUCGAGUUUGCCGAACGCCUUGAGGACGACAUGGAGCAGAUCCGUGUACUUUGCGAGAUGGUCAAGCAGAGAGAAGCCGAGAAGCUCAAGGAUGUCCUAAUACUGCAGCAGAUUGUUGACUGCAUCUACUUUCCUAUCCCGCAGCUGUUACAGCCCAUUCUCGCUCGAGCCCAAGCCAGAGGUUACUUUACCGAAGGGUUCAACAAGCUUCAGGUCAAACUUGACGACAAGUACUACACCUCUGUGCAGACAUUCAACGACGAUGUUGCAGCAGUUCUGAGUGCUGAACUUGGUUUCGCGGCUGUCACUAAUAUCGGCGACGCAGAAGAACAGCUGAACAAGGUAUCCCACAGCAGCUUGACAGCCGAGCAGAAGGAGAUGAAGAAGGUGGUCAAACGCAUCACCAGAGUCUUGCAGCCUCAUUUCGAGGAGGCGAUUCGCAAAGAAUCCGAACUUGCUGGCCGGCCAUACGAGAAGUUGCCCGACCUGGAGACGCUUCUCAACCAGAAGCUGCAACGCAGACCCAGCGUGCACUUACAAGACGGCACUGUUCGACAGACGACGGAAAUCGACCAAACGAACUCUAUACAGGUACAGGGAGUCGCAGUUGACAAGGAAGAAACAAACGUGGUUGUCCAGAAACCGGAUGAGAUACAGCUUGCACCCACGCCAGAUGAGAAUGCUGGAUAUGCACACGCACACGACGAGGCAGCAGACGAGGCGGCUAUCGCUAUUCAGCUGGGUCAAGACGCCCUCCAUGUGUCCAACAGCCAGUCCCAAGGCGAUGUCAUGCCAGAAACUUCUGCUCAGGUGAAUGGCCGUCCUGAGCCGCUGACUCCCCCUCGAUCCGAGAAAAAUCUACUGAACCCGCUGGGUAACGGUGGCGUUCCAUGGUACCUGGAGACGUUUGACAUACACGGAACCACAGUAUACGAGGAGCGAUACACGGGCCGCGAGGUACUCCGAGACAUGAGCGAGGAGCUGAGCGAGCUUGACGAUGACGAACUGGAUGGUCUGGCCGACUCUGACCCAGUGCGGCCAAUUGACACGCCAGAUUCAAACGUGGCUGCAAUCAAAAAGGCGGUAGCUCGUAAGCGACAGAAGCGGUCGCGCGGAUGGUGA